AUGAUAAAUCUCAAGUGUGUAGGAAUUCUUGUGGUCAUACAGUUGUUACUUUUGGCGUUAGAAGGUAAAGAAUGGUGCAAAGCCCAAUUCGAAUUUGGAAAAGCAGAUUAUGCAGAAUGUCAGCAUGAGCAGGAAAAUAUAACAAAAUAUAUGAUAGAGACAAGUCCAGUAAUUUCCAGUGCUGUGGAUUUAUACAGUAAUGUUUCAAUAGUUAUGUCCAAUGGAUAUGGGCUUAAAACGAAAGAAAUAAGCAUAGGAAAUGAAGAAGAAGGAUUAUUGAAUAAAAUAUUUGCAGUGACAACAGAUGUAGGAAAUCCUGAAUAUGUUCAUGUAAAAUUGAAUUCAUUAAAGAAAAAUUGGAAAUGUAAAAGAAUUACUAUAUGGAAAGAUUUCAAGUAUUGGAUAUUCGAUUGUUCAGGUUCAUUAAAUGAACUAAAUCCAGAAGCAACAUAUUUUCUAUCUGGAAAUAAAAUAUAUACUGCAUAUGUCCAAACAGGAAAAGAUAUCGAAGCAGGGACAACAGGGACUAUAGAAAUUGUUCUAUUAGGAAAUAACAAAAGAAGUAAUACAAAAGUAUUACAUGAAGGUUUCAUUUCAGGAGGGUUGAAAAAAAUUAAAUUUCAAGCAUCAGAUGUAGGAAAUAUAGAAGAUAUUAUUUUAAACAAUAAUGUUAAUAACGACGAUCCAUGGUAUUGCGAUUUUGUAAAAAUAAAAAGUGACAAUAAAAUUUACGUUUUUAAUGUUAAGAGUUGGAUUGGACACCCAUACGAAAAAUCAGUAAAAAUCAAUAUAAGGUCAGAUAAUAAUAUAGAUGGUGGAUCAGCAAAAGACAUAGAUUGUCAUAUUCGAGGUAGUGAUUUAAUUAAUACAAAUAAAUUACCCCAAUUGUUACAAAACAAGGUGCAAAUAUUUAAAGUAAGAUGUCCACAGAAUUGUCAAAAUGCAGAAUUUGCAUCUGUAGAAGGUUCUUCCAUACAUCCAGCAUCUACAUCUAUUUGUGCAUCUGCUAUUCACGAUGGAUCCUUAACGCCAAGUGGAGGCUCUAUUGUAGUAACAGUUGGAAAUGAUUUAAAUCAAUAUUAUGCCAUAAAAGAAAAGCUAAACCAGAUUGAAGCAAUAGAUUUUACUACAAAAGCAGAUGAACCAAAUUUCUCUUUCUAUUCAUAUCAUUUAGAAUCCAUUGAUGAUAUCGAAAGUGAUAUCCGAAUUGUAGAUGCGUUUGGAAAAUUAUCAUCCUUAGGAAGAUUAGAAAUCAGAAAAAAUAAUAACGAAUGGGGAACUGUAUGUAAAAGAGGACCAAACUUUACAUUCACUGAUGAUACUGCUAAACGGGCCUGCAAAGAUUUAGGAUUUUCCAAUGGUAUAUAUAUUAAACAAAUAUGCUUAAAUGUAAAUGGACAAAAUUAUUGUGCUAACUAUAAAUACCCAUUCAGUAGUGCUGGUAUUUUAUGUACUGGAAGUGAAACAAAUCUACUUCAGUGUAAUGCAGAUGAUUCUUCUCAUUGUGUAGAUCACCAUGAUGAUGUUAUUAUUCAAUGUCUAAAUGAAGGAAGUAAUAACGAAUUCCCUACUGAUGGAAUGAUUAGAUUAGUUGAUGCUACAGGUGCUCCUACUACUAACGGAAUUGGACGAUUAGAAAUCUAUUAUAAUGGAACAUUCGGUUCUGUAUGCUCAGAGGGGUGGGUAAAAGAGGCAGAAAAAAUAGCUUGUCAAGAAUUAGGUUACAUUGGUCUAAAGGGUAAUGGAUUUUCUCAUCAUGCAUGUACACAAAUAGCAGGUGAAAAUUUAUGUGGACAUGAUGCAGAUAAGAUAAAUGCAGUAAAUGUUAAAUGCAAAGGGGAUGAGAAAUCUCUAAAAAUCUGUGCUCAAGAAAGACAUGAAGAUAUCUAUUGUUCUCAUGAUGAAGAUGUUGUAAUUGGUUGUUCAAAUGGGGUAGAAGAAUAUGGAGAUGAACAAAAUUCACACUAUUUAACCACAAGAUUAGGACUUAAAAAAAAUAUUUUAAAUUUGGAAAAAAAAAAAUUCCCUCCUAAAAUCGAAUUAACAUGUUUUGACAAAAUAUUAUCCAUAGCAGAUCUGAGCAAUGCACAAGUGGGUGACAUUUUUUUAGCUAGCUGCCCUGAAAAAUGUGAUGAAGAAAUAGGGAUAAUAAAAGGAACUCUUCUAUACACUUUCGAUUCCCACAUAUGUAAAGCAGCAAUUCAUGCAGGAGUGUUGUCAAACAACGUUGCAGAUGAACUUAUUAUAAUCAUAUCACAUAAGCACCAGAAUUUUGUUGGGACAAAGAGAAACAAUGUUGAAUCUCAUGGAUUCAAUGGAAUUGCCAAAAGUUUCAGUGUCAGCAUACCAAUGAGAUCCAUCAUUCAGGAAGAACGAAAAAGUAACCCAAAAUAUGGAGAAGAAAAUUCAGAAAUAGAUACAUUACAUGAUGAUAGGGUAGAUAAUCCAAAUAAAAACCAUUCCCUUUAUGAACUCCCAUUAGAUCAAAAAAGAAACGACACCCUAAGUACAAGGGGUACAGGAACUCAACCUACAUUCCAGUGGAUUGCUCCAAACAAUUUUUCUGGAUUUAAUGGAAAAGAAAAUGAUUUUGUAAAUUGUAGUAAUUUACCUAACGAAAAAUAUAUAAAAAGUUUAUCCAAUUUUACCUUCAUUAUAUAUUUCACAUUAAGUGGGGGAGAAGGGAAAUGGAGAACAUUAUUAUCUCAUAGCUUGUGUGAGGGUAUUUCCAUUUCAGUAAAUGAAGAAAAUGAAUUGAUAAUUGAACAAAAUUGCAAUCCUUAUUUGUUAAAAAGUAAAUUCAAGCCAUUAAUCGGACAUACAUAUCACCUUGCAGUGGUGUUUAAUAAAAACAACAAAAGUAUAGACUUAUAUAUCAACGGAAAAAAAUAUAUUCUAGAUAAAGCAAAAUAUGAUUUUACACUUAAUGGUGAUUUAAUUAUAGGUAGAUCAAACCAAGCCACUACAGAUUAUUUCAUAGGAAAUAUUCACCUUGUUGAGGUGUAUAAGUAUAUUUUGUCUGAUGAUGAAAUUAAGCAAUCGGUGAAUUCUACACUCUCUUUAGAUUAUAUUAAUGCAAAAAAUAACCAAUAUAACAGUACAGAUAUGAUUAUAAAAAAGAAAAAAAAACGUACUAGUACCAGAAAAACCGUAGAUGGAAGAGAUUGUAUAACCCAAUGUAAACCUAUAAGUAUUAUAAACAAAGAACUUCAAAUAAAUAGAGAACAACUAAAUUUAACAUGUAAAGAUGAUUUGUUAUCGAACCAUUUUAAUGGAAAAAUAGGGUCUCAAUUUUUGGUUCAUUGUUUAGAUAAUUGUAUUAAAUCUAAAUUUAUUAUAAAAGGAAGCAAUAAUUAUUAUACUCCUGAUUCUUCCAUAUGUAAAGCAGCCAUACAUGCUGGGAUAUAUAUACCUAAUAAAAACAACGGUGAUGAAAACACUUCUUUUAUUCUUCGAAUUGUUAAUGGGUUGUUAGAAUAUAAAUCAGCUAGAGGGCAUUUUGGUAUUGUCAGCAAAUCGGAAAGACAAUCACAAUUACGGUCUUUUUCUAUUUUUGCAGAAAAUGAUGAUGAUGAUAUUCUUACCUGUUCUACCAAUGGUCAAUCGUUUUUAAAUCUGCUAAUUGGAGAAAAACGAACAAUCAUGUGUCCAUCAAAUUGUGAUAAAAUUAAUGACAAAAUUUUUGGCACAAAUAUAUAUACUCCCACAUCUGCUCUGUGCAAAGCUGCCAUUCAUUCUGGUGCCUUAUCAAUCCAAGGGGGACCUGUCGAUUUGGCUCUUGCAUCAGAUGUGGAUGAAUUCACGGGAUCCAUACAAAACGGAAUUCAAUCCUACCAAUCUACGAAGCACAAAUUUGCUUUAACUUUUUCCAUCCACUCAUAG